AUGCCGCUGGAGGUCAUCUACGUUGUGAGGCAUGGGUUCCGGUCCAAUUGGCUGGUGGACCCUUCCACAGGCGACUACAAGGCAUAUGUGCGGUCGCCGACCGGCAUUGCAGCAGAUCCAGCGCUGACGUCGCACGGCGUCGACCAGGCGCGCGAGCUGGCAGCGCAUCUGGCCGCCACGUCAACCGAUGGAGCAUUGCAUGGAGCUGCCGGUGAUGAUGAUGUUGCUGCUGGAAUGGGGGGCCGUCCUGCUGCUCUGCCGGUGGAGCGCAUCUAUUGCAGUCCGUACUACCGGUGUCUGCAGACGAUCCAGCCGUUUGUCCAGGCGAUGGCCGCGCGAGAAAGGGAGACAGCCAAGACGACAGCCGAGCGUACGGCCGACAGCAGCAACACGCACAAGCCUCCCUGGUGGGCCGUCCGCUGCGAGCCCGGCCUGGUCGACUGGUUUGGCCCGGCACCGUUUGAGCACCCGCAGCCGGCCCCGGUGUCGGUGCUGCAGAGCCGGUUUUUUCCCUGGAUCGACGUGUCGGCAUCGGCGUCAUCCAGCGUCGUGCCGCCACGCCACGGCGAGACCAUGGCCCAGCUGCAUGCCCGCGUGGCCGCCUGUCUGGACCACAUCGUGCGGCAGUGCGACGCGGACGGCGUGCGGACCGUGCUGCUGUGCUCACAUGCGGCGCCGAUCAUCGCGCUCGGCCGCGUGCUCACGGGCCGGCUGCCCGACGACGUGGCCGUCGAGGACUUUGGCGUCUUCACCUGCGGCCUCAGCCUCUUCCGGCGCCGGCACCAACGGCAGCAGCAGCUGCGAUCAGACGACACAGACACGUGCAACACUGAACAGCACAGACAGGAGGCGAAGGGGCCUGUGCCCUGGGACGACCGCCAGCACACGCUGGCAGGCCAGGCCUGGACUCACGGACGCGGCAUCGCUGGCGGCUGGGACUGUGAGGUCAACUGUGACUGCAGCUUCUUGAGCGGAGGCGAGGAACGAGGAUGUACAGGCGAUUCAGUGGUGAUGAUGAGGCUUAUGACGGAGUGGGACGGCAGGGGACCCCCGUUCUAG